CGAAGAUUCUCUAAAAUUGUUGUAAAUAUAAAAAAAAAAACUCAGUCGGUGUAAAUGCGAUAGUGUGCAUUUGAAGUUUUAGUUCAACUUAGCGCCGGUAGUGUCGCUAGUGUUUCGAUGUAGAGACUCAAUUGUUACGGUUUGCGCAUGCGCGCAUACACAGAUAUUCCCGGGUGUGUAGAGGUGUGUGUGGAAGCAAAAGAGCACGGACAAGUGCCUGUGGGCCACCGUGGUGGGUUGUUCGUGGUGCGCGCCGAGACUUAUCCGGCGGAGGAUCACGGAGAUUCGUCUUCGGCGGCCCCUGACCAAUUUUCAUUACUUUUCGUACAUUUUCUAAGCGUCGUCUGAAUCGUAAACGUAAGAAUAACAGUGCGUGAGUACUUGUAAACCAUUAAAAUUUACAUCUUUUUAACUUCCACCGGUUUAUAAGUGUGGUGAGUGUGUGCGUGUACGUGUCUCUCACUGUGCGCGCGAGUACACGCGUUUUCCUAAUAAACCGCGGAUUAAAAACGCCGCGAGUAUAAGCGAAAAAUGAUGGAGAUAUCUAAAGGACUGCGAAAAGAAAUCAUUCUUGUACAAAAUAAACUCAAGGACGCCAUUCGGGAUCAUCAGAUUUGCGUUGGUAAACUCAAGGACGAUCCCAAUAAUGCUGAUAUCCUUGCUCAAAUACAGGAAAUACAGCUUCAUAUCGUUUCCCUUGGGCGAUGCCAGAAGCAAGUGGUCCAACGCCUGCGUAAAGAGGUGGAAGCAUUCAAAGCGGAGAAUGCAAACGGAGCAAAACUUUCUGUUGCAUCGCUUCUUGGUUUAAACAACAACAAUCACAUCACACCUGGUAAUGAACAGAGGGAUGAAGUUGUCCAGGUCAAGGUGCAAACCAAUGGAAUAUCAGAAAGUCGAAGAUCUUCCAAAGAUGAUUAUGAGGAAGUUGUACACAAUGGUGAUGUUUCAGUCACCAGAGAUAUUUGUGCCAAAGAACGUUCUAUAUCAGUGGAAACAGUAUCAAUUGAUGAGGAAAUCAUUGAACUUUCAAAUGAUGAGAGUUCUAGAGAAAAGCAUGAAGAUACUGAAGACAUAGAUUCUAGAGAAUGCAGUGCAUUUGAGGAAUGUAAAACAGUCUCAAAGCAAAUAAAGUUUUUAGACAACCUUGGACUCAUCACGGUUUCCAAGUUUGAUAAAUUACAGAACAAGAAAGCUGAACGGAAACGCAGGAGUACUGCGAAUCCACAAUUUGUAUACUCAAACUGGGAUAUACCUACGAAAAAGAAGAAGUAUUCUUAUCUUCAAUCUGCUGGAAAUGGUCCUCAAACUCGUCAAACAACUCGUCUCAAUGGACCUUCACCACCACCACCAAGUAAAUGCACUUCAAAAUCUACAUCUCCACCGAUAAAAACCACCCCUAAGUCACUAAUGUUGGUACAGAAAUCUUUAGCAAAACCAGCGAUUCUCAAGAAUAUUCCGGAAAGCCGAUUAAUUUCAAAUAAAACUCAAGCAGAAAAUGGAGUAAAUCAAACGUCAAUAUCUAAUUUUAAAAGUUCGGAGACGAAGGCAGCAAAUAUACCAACACUUUCAUCGGAUUCAACUGUUGAAAAGAUUGAAAAGAUCGAAAAGACUGAAAAUUUGGAGAAGGUCAAAAAUGAAUCUGUUUGCAUACACUGCAGAUCACCAGGAAAUUUGACCAUUUGUGACAAUUGCUCAUCAAGUUAUCAUACUUUUUGUCAUUCAACGGUAUCACCGCCACCUUCAAGACUGUGUCCUUUAUGUGCUCAAAAAAAAUUAGAAGAAAUAGAAGAAGAAAAACCGAUUGCAGUAGUUAAGAAGAAUGAUGAACUCCCUCCAGAAUCGGUUGCGUCAGGAAUUGCUGGGCAAACAGGAGAAGACUCAGAAGUUAAUAAAGCGACUGGUGGAUUUUAUAAAAUUGAUGCAACUACACCCAAAUUCAACGUCAGCUUCAACCAGUUCCCAUCCUCAACCUACCUCAUCCCAAUCGCAUCUAAUCCAAUCGUCCCAACCACCACUAUCACUGCACCAGAACAAACUAUCAUCUCCACUCCCAUCACCUUCACCAACCAGUUCAUCAGUCCCGUCAACAAUUCCAUCACCUAUCCACCUUUCAUCAUCAACCAAUUCCCCCCACAACCCUGUAUCACCCCAUUCAUUCAAUCAGAACCCAGAAUCUCCUUCAACUAUUCACUGCCAGUUAUCAACACACAACCAGAAAAACAACAAUACCUCAUCGUCAAAAAAAUUUCCGACCCCUGCGUUGGUGGUAUCGUCAGCUUCUCUAACCAACAGCAAGUUCAACCAACUCUUAGCUACAAAUUACCAUCAAUCACCCAGGAAUCAGGUGUCGUUGAGUCCAAAGAAGGCCAAUCAAACUUUAUCGACGGUUCCACAUUCUUCUAUGAUCAACUUGCAGGCUGUCAGUCUGAGCCAGCCAUUCGAAAUAACGGGAAGUCCACCACCCGCGAGAUUCCCGGACUCAACCGUAUUACAACAGUGGAAAAGUCAGAAAACGUCGUCGGUAACUUGGAACCAUCAUCACCGUCUCCAACAUCAGUCGAUGAACGAAAGCAACGUAAAAGUGACAUUAGAGCACGAGCUAAAUCAACAGAAGUUCGACUCUCCAUCAACGAUAAUCUCGAGUCAACAGCCAAGUUGGAAGCUUCCGAACAAUUCAAGGUCUCCUCCUCUCCUAAACCAGAGACAGGUUCACUCAACUCAUUGUUCUCAAGCGAUCAAAAGUCCGAUUUCAUCACCAGCAGUGUUGAUAAAUCACAACAAAAAGAUUUCUCUGAUCUCAAGUGCGGAUCCAUCUCAAAUAGACUCUUCAGAAGAAUCGUUAAAGACCAGUCGAGCUUGCGAACGGGACAGUCCACCUCCGAAUACUUGAAAUUGGAAGAAGCGCAUUUAUCAGCGCCAUCUUCAACAAAUUUAGUAAAUACGGUUGAUAUCGUUUGCAAGAGUGAUACUCUUAUUCGAUCCAGGUCUUGUCCAAGUGUAGAGAUAAUUAAUAAAGAAAAUGAUCCAAAACAAACUCAGAAAAGUUUUAUUCGAAGAAAAAGAAGAAGUUUGGAUUCUCUACCGUAUGAAAAUCAGACAAAUAUGAAAUUGGGGGAACGACGAAAAAAAUAUUCCCGAGAAUCAUCUGAAAAAGAUACAGAUGAUGAAAUGAGAGAGGAUUCAAUGUCUUUUGAGGCCAAUAUUCUUGAAGACACUCUGACUGCUGAUGAAGGCGAGAGUGAAAUAUCAGAUACUCCGGAUGACAUUGAUAAUGAGAGAAUAGCAUCUUCAAUCGACAUGCAAGUCUUAGAAGAUUUUGAGACUGCAAUGAGAGAAGCUGAGACGAGUGAUACUGCCAAUAUAAAAUAGCAAAAGUCUAGUAGCCGAAGGGAAUUUUUGGAUUUUAUCUAUGAAAGUUUCCUAAGCAAUUUGAUCUCUAGAUAUUGGUGCCUGAACAAAGAUAUUAUAAUUUAAUUUACAAAAAGCAUGAUUCUUUAUUUAUUGAUAUUUGACAUUGAUGGAAGAACUAUUUUGGUUAAUUUCAACUAAAUGAAAAAUACAAUUAUUGAGUUGUAGUCUCACCAAAGUUAUAAGAAAACUUUUAAAGUCUCUCUACAGCAUAAUAUUAUUUAUGUGAAAGAAAAUGCAGUGUUAAUAAGAGAUAAAUUGAUCGGCAUGUAAACUUAUAAAGAGAAAAGUGAAAGAAACACGCACAUAUCUUGUGAAUGAAUUUUAACAAAAGUGAUUAAUUGUGAAUAUUUCCAUGUUUUAAUUAAGAAAAAAGGAUUAUGUUGGUAAUACCACGUAAAUCCAAGCCAUAUUACUACCAUAACUGCCUUAAUAGUCAUUAAUAUAUGGUUUUAAAAUAAACCAGUUCCAAUUGCCCAAAACCCUUUAAUUGAUAGUUUAAUUUAUUGAAAAGUUAGAUUAAUUUUUAAUAAUCAAAUUUAUAGAAACACAAGUUUCUAAAAAAGUAUUAAUAAAUGAAUAAAUAAAUGAAUAAUUAAUAGUAAUAUUGAU